CAAUAGCAUCCGCCGUUGCCGACGCUAUUGUGCACUCCUUUCCCUCCGCCACCGCCACCACCACCGUGCAAUGGGGAAGAAACUGCCGCGGGAUGACAUCGAGUCCAUGUCCUAUGGGGUUCGAAAGCCCCUCUCUAUGCCGCCGCCACCGAGCUAUUAUCCUCCGCCGCCCAAGCCCUGGUUCCCAUUUCUUGUGCCUCUCAUUUUUGUAGCCGAUAUCGCCUUGUUUGUUUUCACAUUGUAUGAAAAUAACUGCCCCGCCACUACAGGCGGCAACCGCUGCCUCUUUUACCCGGAGCUCGACCGGUACUCCUUUCAACCAUUUUCAGAGAACCCUCUUCUCGGCCCUUCAAUCAUGACUUUGAAACGAUAUGGGGCUUUGGAUAGAGAAGCUGUAGUGGAACGUGGGGAAGGGUGGCGCUUGCUGACCUGUAUGUGGCUUCAUGCUGGAGUCAUUCAUUUGCUUGCUAAUAUGAUCAGCCUUCUCUUCAUAGGAGUUCGUCUCGAACAAGAAUUUGGAUAUUUGAGAAUAGGAUGUUUAUAUGUGCUUUCUGGGUUUGGUGGGAGUUUACUGUCAUGUUUGAGUAUCAAUCCAGCUGAAACAACCAUAUCAGUGGGUGCAUCAGGGGCACUUUUUGGGCUUUUGGGAGCUUUGCUUUCAGAGCUCAUAACAAACUGGACAAUAUAUUCAAAUAAGUGUGCAGCCAUGAUGUCUUUGAUUCUUAUCAUUGCCUUAAACCUGGCAGUCGGAUUCAUACCUCACGUCGACAAUUCCGCUCACAUCGGAGGCUUCCUUUCAGGCUUCCUCCUCGGCUUCAUCCUCCUAAUCCGACCGCAAUUCGGAUACGUUAACCCCAAGUACAUCCCUGCAGGGUGUGAUGUGAAACGUAAAUCCAAGCACCAAUGCUAUCAGUACUUUUUGUUGAUUGUAGCUCUAAUCCUCUUGAUUUUCGGAUAUGCUUCUGGUUUAUCAAGGCUGUACAAAACUGGUCCACAAAUAUUGGAAGCCCAUUUUUUCUGAAGACAGUCACACAUUGAGUUGUUGGUGAGAAUCAAACUACUUUGGCUUCAUAAUUGUUUGUGGAUGAAGUUCAUGAAAUCAUUUAAAUUUGUAUUCAUACGAUGAAAUCAUUCCUAAUGUGAAAGUUCGAUUUCUUCUCACUUUGCAGUAGCAGAAGAAUUGUAUUGUAGAAAACACUCACUCCUUUGUUUACAAAAUGAGGACUUUUCUUUU